UCAAUUCUUAAAUCGAGGGCCCCACUUAACUCCUACAUAACUUGAUUGGCCUGCAGUUAAAAACGUUGCCCAUUCCUGAUUUCUCCUUCCAUCACCUUCUUUUUGGCAUUUUUAAGUUUCUCAUAUAAGUUCUCCAUAACUACAUCAUCUAAUCCAUUCAAACUUAUUUGAAUCCAUUUUACACCUUGAAAUCUCAUCAUAUCCAAACAAUUUGUGCGACAAUGUUUUCAAAGCUUGCUUUUUGCCAAGUCCCCUUCUUCACGUAUUCAAGCUAUACCCAAAACUGCCGUGGAAGACCUCUAAACUUGAUAUGCAGCAUGGAAAUGCAGGCAACAUCCUCUCCUGUUAUAAGAGUUGAAGAGGAAGGUUUAACAAAGCAACCACAAGCACGAGUUAUUCCUGAUUUAGAUACAUUAAAGAGAUCAGAUCUUCAAUUUAACAAACUACAGCAUUUAGAUGAAGAUAUCAAUCAAGAUAACAAAUAUUUUGGAGAGUUUGUAGCUCGAGAAGCUGUGCUUGAUGAGGAAUAUUGGACAGCUGCUUGGCUUCGUGCGGAAAGCCACUGGGAAGAUCGACCAAAUGAAAGAUAUGCCGAGAGCUACAAAAGGAAAUUCGCAGACCAGGAGUAUAACGCUUUAAAAAGGAGAUGCAGAGGAUACCAUGGCCAACGGUCGACAUGUCUCAUAACGGUUAAGAAGGAAGAUAAGAACGUUAAAAAUACGAUACUGAAAAGUGUGGUAGGAACCUUGGAUCUGAGCAUCCGUUACUUGUCACAAGGCGAAUCAUUUCCUGGGGAAAGAGUUCAGGCACCUUUGUUCUGCAGCAUUGAGAGGAAGGAGGCAAGCAGAUAUGGCUAUGUUGCUAACUUAUGCGUUGCAAAAUCGGCUCGCCGAAAGGGGAUUGCCAUCAACAUGUUGAAGUUUGCCAUUCAAUCUGCAAAAUUAAAAGGUGCAGAUAUGAUAUUUGUACAUGUUCAUCGAAAGAAUACACCAGCUCAAGAACUGUAUUCCAAAUUGGGUUUUGAGAUGGUAGAUGUUGCAAGCCUGCAAUUAGUAGAGGAACAAAUGUACCUUCUUUGCUGCAAGACGUAAAACUAUAUCAAACAGAAGUGCACAUUAUAUCCGAGCACAUAUUAUUUCAUACAACCGGGAAUACUAAAAAAUGGUGCUCGUGGUCAAGCACAUGCGGAAAUGCCAAAAGCAUACGUAAAUUAUUUUCCAAAACAUAUAAGUGUGCUCUUUACAUUAUGCAAAUGUUCAACAGCUGGCAAUUGCAUUCAUUCUUAACUUCAUAAAAGAGUUUACUGAGUAAUACUCAUAGCAAUUUAGAAUUUAAUGUUCCAAAAAUCCUAUACAUGUGACAAUUAAUUCAGAAUGAAAGAAGUAAUUACUGUUUUCA